GUUUUGAUGAGCAAAAUUGCCAUAAUAGGUUUGGAUUUUGCCCAGUUUAUUUUAGUUAGUUGAUUUGAUUUUAUAGAAAGUUUGCUAAUACUAGGAAUAACCAAAAGCCAACUUCCAACAGUUUGAAUAAUAUGAUGGACACCAAAAAUGCAGCUGGAGAUAGUAAUGAUGGUUCCAUAGAUAAAACCAAAUUAAUUGUUAAUUACAUACCACCACAAGCCACUGAAGGUGAACUGUCCCAAAUAUUUUCAAUUAUUGCAAAACCAGAAGAUGUAAAACUUAUGAAAGACUUUAAGACUGGUCACAGUUUAGGAUUUGGUUUUGUUAAAUAUUCCACUGAAGAAGAAGCAGCCAAAGCAAUUGAAGUUCUAAAUGGAUAUAAUUUGAUGAAUAAGAGGUUAAAAGUCGCUUACUCACGCCCAGCAGGACCAGGCACGAAAGAUUCAAAUCUGUACAUUACAAAUCUCCCAAAAAAAAUUACUGAAGAAGAAAUAGAUAACAUAUUUAGUAAAUACGGUAAAAUUGUACAAAGAACGCUGUUAAAAGAUAAAAAUACUGGAAUGGCAAAGGGAGUUGCUUUUGUAAGAUUUGCUAGGAGCGACGAAGCACAGGCGGCGAUCUCUGGCUUGAAUGGAACAACGUUGGACAAUUCGGCUCUACCUCUUAAGAUAAAAGUAAAUGACGAUCAGGGACGACAGAAACCACAGUAUAUGGAUGUGUGGGAUCCGAUGGGUUUUUAUAAAGAAUCUGAAGACUCAUUUGCGUUUCGAGACGAUGGUCCUAACUUAGAAGAAAUUCUUAUUGCUGAAGUGUCAUAUAGAAGACCCCUCUGGGACUUGUCAAUUCACUCGUCGAAAAUGGAGAUUGAAAAUCUUUGGGAGCAGAUCUAUCGUGUAUUUAAGAAAAAAUAUUCGAUUAGUUUUCUUACUAAUAUGUGGUCUCAUCUUAGAAAUAACUAUAUGCACGAGAAGAGAUCAUUUCGAUAUUACCAUCAAAUGAAAUUUUUGGAUCAUUUUGAUCCCCUAAGUGGAUCUAGUAGAAGACCUACAGGAACUCCUUUAACAAAAAAAUUUAAAACUGAGGACAUCGCACCUUCAACUGACGGCGUUGAUGCAUUUUUGCUGCUGUUGGGAGAAAAUUUACGUAAAUUGCCUGCUGGAAAGAGAACUAUGUUACAGUUUAGAAUUGUAGAAUUACUUAAAGAUCAGGACUCGGAUAGAUCAGAUUAGUUUUUUAUAUAUGUCGGUCUAUCCUAAAUAAAAUCUUCCUUAAUAAUUUUCGUUCAGUCUUUUCUAUCCGUCGUCUUUCUUCGCCAUCAUAUCUUUUUCCAUGUUAUCAAUGAAUCUUUUUAUGGGUUCUGAACUUCGUCAAUGUCCAAAGGUUUUAUCAAGGAGAAUUUUUCUUGCUGGAUUAUUUUCCUUCAUCAACAUUACACGUCCUACCCACCUCAGACGUCGAAUUUUAUUGUGUUUGGUGAUACCUCCUGGUUCGUGGUAUAUUCUCUAAAGUUCCACACACCACCGUCUUUCACUGUUCUAUAAAUUCUCCUCAGUAUGUUUAACUGUAUUCAAAAUCAAGUCUCAGAUUCGUGUGUUAGGACUGAGCGUAUUAUUGUUUUGUAAAGCUUUUGUAUUUCUUGAUAGGAUUUGAAAAGGAAUUGUGCCCAAAAUAGCACCAAUGAGUUAUACAAAUUCUUUAACUGACUGGAUGGCGUUAUCUGCUACAGUGUUUCGCACAGCAAAAACUUUUAAAAAGCACUAUGAUACAAAAAAUUUCAUAUGGAAUACAUUCUUAUGAAGAAUGUCUUUAAUUGAUAUUUAGUUAUAUUUUUAAAAAUUGUUUAAAAGUUGUUGUAAAUAUUGAGUUUAAUAUUAACUAAUGCAGUUUUUGAGCUAAGCUAUCCUUUUAUCCAAAUUCGGACUAAUAACUUUUUUUGCAAAAAACAGCCCAUGCAAGUUAUUUCGUACUUGGUAUCUGAAAUAAACAAACAAUAAAAAAUAAUUUCCUAGAUCUACUACAAUGUAGCUCGUAGUGUGAAGGUGAAUCUACACGGAUACACAUGCGAUGGCCUCUAGUUAGAACAUGAGGACAUCAGAAAAGGAGUCUGGGUAUAUAUAUGAUCAGUCUACAACACUGCUGAUCCCUCCC